AUGGAUGAAAGUAAGAAGAAAUCUCAGGAAGUUGACUCAGACAAUAAUUUAAGUAAACAGGACGUUGUUGUUUUAGACGAUAAAAAACAUACAGUACACCGCAGUUUCAAAGAUUACUUAUGUGACAAUUGCGGGAAGAAUUUUGGAAGUAAGCGGAAUUUACUGAACCAUGUAACGGCAGUUCAUGAGGCUCGCAAAGAUUACGCAUGUGACAGAUGCGAAAAGAAAUUUGGAUAUAAAUGUACUCUGUUUAUCCACCAAAGGGCUGUUCACGAAGGUCGGAAAGAUUUUGUCUGCGAUCAAUGUGAAAAGAAAUUUGCAAGUAAGUCCGAUUUGUUGAAUCACCAAAAGACAGUACACGAAGGUCGCAAAGAUUUCGCGUGCGACAAGUGUGAGAAGAAAUUUGGAUAUAAAUCCAAAUUAUUUAGACACCAAAAGACAGUUCACGAAGGUCGCAAAGAUUUCGCGUGCGACAAGUGCGAAAAUAAAUAUGGACACAAAUUGACUUUACUCCGCCACCAAAGGACGAUCCACGAAGGCCGGGAAGAUUACGCAUGCGACGAGUGCGGGAAAAACUAUGGAUGCAGAUCAAAUUUGAUAGCCCACCAAAAGACAGUACACGAAGGCCGGAAAGAUUACGAAUGUGACAAGUGUAAGAAGAAAUUUGGACAUAAACGGACUAUGCUUGUUCACCAAAAGACAGUACACGAAGGUCUUAAAAAUUACGGAUGCGAUAGGUGCGAGAAGAAAUUUGUAUACAAACAUAAAUUGCUCAUACACCAAAAGACGGUACAUGACGGCCGCAAAGAUUUUGCAUGCAAACAAUGUGAGAAAAAAUUUGGAACAAAACAUGCGUUGUUUUUGCAUCUAAAGACAGUACACGAAGGUCGCAAAGAUUACGUAUGCGAAAAAUGCGAAAAGAAAUUUGGACAAAUAUCAAGCUUGCUCUACCACCGUAGGACGAUCCACGAAGGCCGCAAAGAUUACGGUUGCAACGAAUGCGAAAAAAAAUUUGGACAAAAACAACAAUUGCUCAGACACCAAAGGGGAGUUCACGAAGGCCUCAAAGAUUACGCAUUUACUCAGACACCAAAGGACAAUUCACAAAGGUUUUAA